AUGCCGCCCCGUCAUCGACGUACUGUGGCGAUCACUACUGCGAUCGCACUGGUGACGGCGCUCGCGCUCGCAACCGCGGCCACAACCGCCUCGGCGCACGCUCAGGCCGCAGCAGACAGGCAGGCUCACGUCGAUCCAUCAGGCGCUCCUCUGCACCCAUCGCCGCACCACGCACAGCCAGACGGGCUCGCGGCUGCGCAUCCGACCUCGGCCUCAUCGAAAGCACCAUUGCACACCCCUCAGCAGGCCUACGAACGUGCCCUCGCAUUGCUGCGCUCCACCAUAAAGAGCAAGCCGAAGCCAGGGCGCACGUCGUCCACCAAAAAACAGCCUGCCGACGAGUCCGCCCAGGCGCCGCCAACGUCACCCCGUCAGAAGCACACAACCAGCCAGCACGAUGGCCGCACCACCGCGGCCACGCCCCGCAUCAGCGCUUGGGACAUCAUUCUCGGCUGGACCCCCAUCGGCACAAUCUAUCGCCUCCUCCUCGUCCUCGCAGACACCCUCGGCCUGCGGUCACCCUAUCCGGCCGCGGCAGAUACUGCCCUCUCGCUCUCGAACGCCCGCUCCAGCUUCCGUACCGCCGAGGCCAAUCUGAAAUGGCUUGGCCCACCAAUAGGUGCCACCCGCGACGAGCUCCGCUGGCAGGGUGCCCGUCCCAUUGCCCUCUGGCCCGAUUGGGAGUCGCUUGGCCCAGGUGCCGUCCCGCUCAACAGCGAAGACAGCCCGUGGGACUCGGUCAUGUUUGGUCCCUUUCACGCCGGCUGGGAGAGCGAGGAUGGCGACGAGGGCGCCGCGCCCUUUUUGCAGGACGUCAGCCUCGAACAUCUCGGCCAGGCCGUUCGGCCAGCGCGCUCUCUCUUGCAGCACCCCGCGAUCCCCUCGGCAAUCCGGCAGCGGCUAGAGGCCAAGCCGGACGGCCGCGGCAGCGCAUGGUGGCCCCGGGUCGAGGCGCCCUGGUCGCAGGCCAAACGCCAGCGCCGCGAGUCGCUCAAGGCCGACAUGGAGCGCAGGCGCACCGAGGCCAUCGAGCUGCUCGAGUGGGCCGCAUGGGGCCGCAACGGCAUCGACUGGCAGCACGAGGCCUACUCUGCAGACAGCACCGCCGACGUCCUCGCCGACCUCUUUGGCCAGGCGAGCGGCCAGAAUGCCGAGACCGAUGCCGGCACCGCCGCCGCCCCCACGCCACCCCGUCUGCAGGCCCACGCCGAUGCGUUGUGGGUGCUGGCAGAGCACUCGCUGUGGGGCACCCACGGCGCCCUGCCCAACAUUGCGCGCGCCCGCGCAUGCUACCAACGCCUCGUCGACCUCGGCCGCGACGCAGACGGUCACAGCAGGGCCGGCAACGCCAGCGCCCACGCCCGCCUCGCCUUCCUCGAGGGAAGCGGGUGGGAGUCGACGGUGCGGCGGCAGUGGCUGCCACCGCCGGCCUCUGAGCUGGCCACCCUCGAGUCGUCGAUGGAUGAGCGGGAGCUGCGCGACCUCUGGCAGCACCGCCGCGAGGCCUUUGCCCGCCUCAAGCGCGACGACGGCCUACGCCAGGCCAAGGCGCUGAUCCACUACCGCCAGGCCGCCGAGGACGGCGAUGCGCCCUCGCAGAUGGCCCUCGGCUUCCGCUACCGUGCGGGCAUCGGCGCCAAGCCCACAUGCACCGUGGCGCUCAAGUGGUACGAGAGGGCGGCCCAGGAAGCCUACCGCCGCUUCCAGACCGGCCCGCCAGGCGGUCUGACCGUGCCUUACUCGAAGCUGCGCCUAUCGGACCUGGCGGGCGGCGCAUACGGCCCGGGCGCCUCGGCCGCCUCGACGGGCUGGGCCGCCCUCAAGCCUGCCGUGCAGGCCGCCCUCAACCGGCAGCCGGGCACCGCCAGUGAUCCGCAGGGCCUCGAGGACAUGCUCGACGAUCCGCAGGGCCUCGAGGACAUGCUCGAGUACCACAUCUACCACGCCGAGCGCGGCGACGCCCGCUUCAUGCUGCUGCUGGCGCGCGUCUACUACCAGGGCAGCAUCUGGGCGCCCAGCGAUGCGGCGGGCGCAGUGCGGCGCGACUACAAAAAGUCCAUGGGCUACCUGCUCCGCAUCACCCGCCGCGUGUGGCCCAAGGACGCGGCGCUCGUCGGCCGCGGCGGCCCCACGGGGUGGGUGGCCAGGCAGGGCGACAAGGGCGAAGAUGUGCAGCUCAAGGUCGACGACCAGACGCUGCUGCCCCAGGCCGGCUCGGCGGCCAGCCUGAUUGGUCGGAUGUACCUGCGCGGCGAAGGCGUGCGGCAGGACUUUGCACGCGCCUGGGUCUGGCUCAACCGCGGCGCCGACACGGGCGACGGCGAUGCCUACAGCGGCCUCGGCGUCAUGCUGCGCGACGGCCUCGGCGUCGACGUCGACGUCGGGCAGGCGGUGCAGUUCUUUGAGGCCGCAGCAAAGGAGCGCAGCGUCGAGGGCACCAUCAACCUCGCUAAGGUCCACAUCGACCUCGAAGACUACCCGGCGGCCAUCAAGUACCUCGAGCUGGCCAUCCGGUCGAGCAACUCGUUCGAGGCCUACUACCUCAUGGCCACCGUCAACGCCCACCUGGCGCGCACCCAGAACAGCCCCGACCGGUGCCGCCUCGCCGUGGCCGGCUUCAAGCAGGCCGUCGAGCGCGGCGACUGGGCCGCGCCCAUCUUUCACAAGGCCGAGCGCGCCUGGCGCCGCGGUAACAAGCACAAGGCACUCCUCGGUUGGGCCAUGGCCGGCGAGAUGGGCUACGAGGCCGCCCAGAACAACGUCGCCUACAUCCUCGACCGCGACAAGCGCCGCCUCCGCCUUCCCCUCCUCGACGCGCGCACGCCCUCAGCCACCGAGGACAACAGCACCGACCGCCUCGCCCUCAUCCACUGGACGCGCUCCGCCGGCCAGGACAACGUCGACGCCAUGGUCAAGAUGGGCGACUACUACUUCCACGGCAUCGGCACCCGCAACCCGGGCCGCGCAGCCUACGACAAGGCCGCUGCGUGCUACUCGGCCGCCGCAGACCGCCAGGUCUCGGCACUGGCCUACUGGAACAUGGGCUGGCUGCACGAGGAAGGGCUCGGCGUGGUGCGGCAGGAUUUCCAUCUGGCCAAGCGCUACUACGACAUGGCCGUCGGCGUCAACGACGAGGCCUACCUGCCCGUCACGCUCAGCCUCAUCAAGCUGCACCUCCGCGCCCUCUGGGCCGCCGUGUGGCGCAGCGACGCCUCCGAGUCGGCCCUCUCGCUCUUUUCCAGCUACGCCAGCCCGACGAGCCCCGACGACGCCGCCUACACCGAAGCCGACGAGGUGGCCCAGCGCAACCGGCGCAGGCUCGAGGACGAGCGCCGGCGCGGCGGCGUUGGCCAUGGCCACGGUCAUGGCAUCGGCGAAGAGGGGGCCGGCAUGGGGCCCGACGACGAUCUCGGCAUCGACGCCGGAGACGGGUUGGGGGAUCCAAAUGAGCCAGAGACGUGGCACAGCACGCGGCGGACCGAGUUUGGCGGCGGCGACGAGGCCGACGACGAGGAAAUCGAGGAGCUCAUCGAAGGCGGCCUGGUCGUCCUGGCGCUUGGCGUGCUCGCCUACCUCGCCUACGUCCGGCAGGGUGUCCAGCUGCGCAUCGAGAGGGAGAGGCGGCAGCAGGCUCAGGCGGCGCUGUGGCAGGAUGGAGGCGGUGGCGGCGAGCAGCGCCGGGACGAGGAGGGAGAGGGAAGGAGGGGGAUGCAGCCGUUUCCGUGGGCGCCGGAGGGCGGUGGCGCCGGUCAUGCUGCCGGGCUGUGA